AUGGAAAAAACUGAUGAAGAUUAUUUAAAAGUAUUAAACUCGAAACUAUUCUUAUCUGCUGUUGAUGAUGAAACUCAGCUUAACGUCUUGGACCAUGUACGGGAUACGUUGGUUGAUGUUUUAAUGGGAAGACCACGCAGAUACUUGGAAGCUUGUGAUACCAAUAAAAUCCGUGGUUCCAACAAAACAUUCAGCGAUUUCAACGAAUUUACGAAAUAUAUUAAGUUUGUUCAACCUAUCAGAAAUUUAUUUCAAUACCAUUUAUCAUCUGCCAAUGAAAAUGACGGUGACUCUAAUUUAGAAAUAGAAUAUCCAAACCUAUUGGAACAAUGCUACAAUUUUGAACAAGUCGGCGUCGGAUUGAACAAGAUUGAAUAUUUCCAUCUUUGGAUAUCGAUAAAAAAGUUGAUGGAUAACAAUCAUCAUUUGCAGUCAAUAAGAUUUUGGGGCAAAAUUUUCGGAACAAUAAAGAACUACUAUAUUUUGGAAUGUGAAAUGAAGUACGAUGAAGAAGACGAAACCGAUACAAAAGAAUGGUUCAGAAUUACCGAUUAUCCGUCUUCUACUAAGCGGUUAAUGCUUAAAUCUGUUGAAACAAUAUCGUGUGAAGAUAUUCGAAAAUCUGCAGAGUUUCUAAUGCCAAAAAUUUCUGUGAAAGAUUCUUUAUUUGAUGAAACUUGCCUUUUAAUUUUAAUGCUGAAAGAUUCCAAAGAAAGUUUUCACGAAUUACCGGAGGAUGAACUGGCCGAAAAUGAUGCUGGAGGGGUCGACAGAGAAAACGAUGAAGUAACGGUGCAGUUAGACGUUCUUCCAAAAAUUAAAUUCGAUAAGCAAGUGAUUCCCAAAGAAGAUUCUGGGUCAGGUACAAACAAGAAAACUUAUUUUGUAACUAACACUAUCGGUCAGGACUGGAUUCAACUACCCCAUGUCACACCCGCACAGAUAACUUAUGCAAGACUGAUCAAAAAAUUUUUCACCGGAAAUGUGGAUCAUCGGGUACAAUCUUCUCCACCAUUUUUUGAGAAAGAAAUAAAUUAUCUACGCGCUCAAAUUGCCAGAAUAAGCGCAAGCACCGACAUUUCUCCCGUGGGAUAUUUCCACUUCGAUGAAGACGAGGAUGACGACAUGUCCAACAAACAGAACAUCGUUAUGAAUACCGAAUAUGAGGCCCUUUCCGUGAAGGAACUUAUUGACUCCUCUCUGGUUAAUUGGGUGCAUCAUUCGCCUUAUAUUUUGACCCAGGGAAGAACGAUGUGGUGGAACCCAGUGAAAAAUGUUGAUGAAGACAAUGAAGAUAAUGAGGAAAACGAGUUGCCCGGAGUUGAGCCAGAAAUUGGCCUUCCACUACUGACACCACUUAGCGAAGAUGUCUCUAUCAACAACGUCCUCCCAUGGAUAACAAGGAAAUCGACUUGCUUCAUUCAACAACACGCAGUCCCAUCCAUACAUUCAAAUCUUUGGAGGGGAGCUCACGCUUACUCAGCCAAAAAGAACUACGAAAAUAUUUACUUUGGCUGGGGCUUAAAGAACACAGGAAAAAACUCUGACAUAUUUCACCCAAUGAUAUUAAUGGAAGAAUAUCUGGACGGACCACAAAACUCUGAGAUGGACGACCCAACGCCGCAAAAUGAACGUUUAACAAAUGACAACAAAAAAGAUUUAAACGAAAAUGGGAAAGACAAGAGCGAAGACAAUGAUGAUUCAAACGCAAAUCAAGAUGAUGAAAAUGAGCCCAUAGAUGAAUGA